AAAAACGAAUACACAGUGUCUGUCACACACGCAAUUCCAUUGAAUAAGUGCAGAAAUUUUUGAAGCGCUCCGAAAAACUCUUCAAAUCAAAAAUGAAUCGGCUAGUUGCUGCUCGACCAAUUCUUCGGACAAUGAUCCAAUCAAACAUUGCUCCAGUCCAAAAGCGUUUUUCAUCAAAAGACAUCGGACCACCAGCUAGCUUCAAUCAACUUCCACAACCAGAAGGUGAUUGGACUGACAAUCACAGUAAGAAACAAACAAAAUACAAUGGUAUUUUGGCUGGUGCGGCUCUUUUCUUUGCUGCCACUUUUGGAUUCAUGAAGCAUUCGGGAAUUAUAUACUUCAAUGCUACGCUACCAGAAACUUACGAAUAAAUUAUUCAAAUCACAACACCAAUAGCCCAAAUUAGUUGAACAUACAGUCAGUGUGUAAGAAAUUGAAAUAAGACAAAGAAGAAAUAAAAAUAAAAAAAAUGGUCUGUACAUUUGUGUAGUUGUGUCAUCAUCAUUGACCACAAAUUAACGGAAUGUAUAGCAACCAAUUCUCAGUUAAAAUCCAUUUGAGACAUAAA